CGGGAUCUUAUUUAAAAAUUUUUGUAGGCCUUUAUUGGACCGGUCUAUGAACGAGAAGACAAAUUGCAAAAAAAGAAAUGAGACUUAGAGCCUGUUUACAUGGAGUGGAGGACCCCGGUCUAUUGGGGUUGGUUUCUUUUGUUUUCACGCUCUGAGGGACACAAAACAAAAGAAACCUACCCCACUAGACCGGGGUCCCCCACUCCAUGUAAACAGGGUCUUAAAAGAAAGAAAGAAAAACGUAAAAACAAAAAAUGCAAAGAAGGUAGAGGGAAGAAACCCAAAAUACAAGCGUGUUUAAACUCACAAGAAAUUAGAAAAGUUAAUAAAGUAAAAAAACAAAACAAAACAAAAGAAACAGAAACAAGUAAAAAGAAGUUAUACGUUUCACAAUGAAAGUACGCUGAUCAAAACAUGCACGACCAGUCUGUUUUAGUCUCCGUUGCAGCCGGCCCUGAACGCACUUGAUAACAACACAUGAGAAUUAAACAUCUCAAUUCUUGACUCGUACCAUAAUAGUACUAAUUUAAAUUUGUAAAAAAGAUUAUUCGAAAGAGAGCACUUCACCGAGGUGUCCGCAAAAAUGACAACUCUGUACAAUUCAGAUGCUGAUUGUUGCACUUUAGUUUCGCUAAAAACAAAUUCUACAUUACCUAUCCCCUCGCUCAUGCAUAGAAGGUUAAUCCGUUUUUCACUUUUAGUGAAACAAAACCGAAGAAUACAUUCAGUGUCACGGUUUUCUUUGGUACUGUUCCUGCGGGAUUGAAUCGAAUAUUUCACUGAAUCCCUGGAUUUCAGUACUAAACUAAUCGUUUCAAGAGAGUUUCAGUUUUUCUACUUCGUCUUUUUUCUGUGAGAGAGAUUCCAGUGAUUUUGUCGCUUGAUUACCGACUGCAUCAAAAACAUCUUGUUUUCUCGCUUCCAUGAUCACAAUAAUUUUGUCUACACAAGACUGCACUUGGCAUUUUACCUCGGUCUUUGGAUUAAAAUUGUUUUUUGAUUGAAUUGUUCGACUUCCUUUUGUUUUUCCAGUACUUUGUCUUUCAAAGAUUUCAUCACGGAGCUGAUCUUUUUUUUGCGUGCGUCGGUAGUUUCUUAAUUGCAAAGCAUCUUAACAUGAUCUUCAAGGUAUCUGCACGCUGAAUUAUACUCUAUAAGUUAACACACCUUGGUCUGAAGGAAAAACAGUCCCUGUUAUACUUCACUGCACCUUCAACCCCUCUGUGGUUGGAAGUCUAAGCUUGCAUGGCCCAAAGGCCCACAGAAACUAAAGAUUUUAAUGGUAAAAAUUUUCUGCAACUGCCAUUUUUUCUGGAGCAUUUUGUUAGACAGUAUAUAUCAGGGAUGACUUGGCCGAAGGUUGAUUAAUUUAUGUACCUAAAGCUCCUUCAUUCCUACUUUCGACUUUCUUGACCACCUCGCGCGGAAAUGCCUUCCGGCAAUUUAUCCAUUCUUCAAAGAGCUGAUUAACAAUUCUCGGAAAUACAUUUGAUGACUUUUAUUCUUCGGUCAAACUACCAAAACAUGUCAAGAGACUCUAUUUGAUUGGUUAAUAAUACAGUGUUUAGUCUGGGUCACAAAACAAGACUUCAUUGUGCAUUUGCAAAGCCAUUCUCUUGAAGCUUCUUGAUCGCCAACAACUAGAGGCCAAAAUUUUAUGAAAAGUAACCUUGCUUCCGACCUUUUCCAUGGAUAUAAAGACCUUGCUCGACAAUCUUCAUGAUGAAGUAUCCUGUUCCGUGUGUAUGUGUACAUUCACUGAUCCAAAGCAGUUGCCUUGUUUGCACAAUUUCUGUCUUCACUGCUUGAACGAAAUUCAACGAACAAGCGGCGUCCAUGGCAAAAUUACAUGCCCCGAGUGCAGAAGACAGUUUCAGAUUUCUGGAAGUGGAACUCCCAGUGAACUUCCCACCAAUUUUCGAAUAAACAGCCUGCUAGAUGUCUUGGCAAUAAAAGAGUGUAGUACAGCUAACGUGAAGUGUGGAAACUGCGAUAAAAGGAGUUCUCAGACCUCGUAUUGCUUCCAGUGUUGUUCCUUCUGGUGCGAGAAAUGCAUUUUAGGACAUGACAUAAUGCGUGCUAACAACAAACACAGAACGCUAGCACUAAAAGAUUUUCAAGAUCAAGACAUCAAGGCUGUAUUAGAGCGACCAGCAUUUUGUCAGAAGAAACACCAUGAAAAAGAAGAGCUGAAAUUCUUUUGCAAGGGCUGUAAAGUCGCCAUUUGUAGCACUUGUGCUGUAACACUUCAUGAAGGUCAUGGUAAGAUGCCCUUGCAAGAAGCUACUGAUGAGCGCAAAACACAGAUUAGCUCCAUGAUAAAAUCUUUAAAAGACAAAGUACUGGAAAAACAAAAGGAAGUCGAACAAUUCAACCAAAAAAGCAUCGCAUUUCAAUCGAAAGUAGCCGAGGUAAAAAGCCAAGUGCAGUCUUGUGUAGACCAAAUUAUUGCAAUCAUCGAAGCGAAAAAACAAGAUGUUUUUAAUGUGAUUGAUAAUCAAGCGACAAAAUCACUGGAAUCUCUCUUACAGAAAAAAGGCGAAGUGGAAAAACAAGUGAAAUUAAUUGAAUCAGCGAUUGAACAAACUGAAACUCUGUUAAAACGAGGUUUUAGUUCUGAAAUCAAGGGAUUCACUGAAACAUUUGAUUCAAUCCUGCAGGAACAGAGCACCAAAGAAAACCGCGACACUGAAUGUAUUCCUUGGUUUAGUUUCACUAAAAGUGAAAAACUGAUUAACCUGUUGAACAUGAGCGAGGGGAUAGGUAAAGUAGAGUUUGUUUUUAGCGAAAUUGAAGCGCAACAAUCAGGAACUAAAGGUAAAGUAAGUAAUAAAGUAGUUGCUGGGAAUAAAGGGGCAAAUUUUUGUGAAAGUCCUUUUGAGGCUCAAGUAAAAACCAGGCGCUUCAGAUCUGUGCUGUCAUUUGGACAAAAAGGUGAGUCUGUUGGAGUGCUUAACGUUCCCUAUGGGGUGGCAGUGAAUGAUCAGGAUGAAAUUGCUGUGACUGAGCUCGGUAAUAACAGGGUUUCAGUGUUUAGUAGUGACGGUACCCACUUAAGAUCCUUUGGUAGGAAGGGUCAGAAUAAUGGUGAGUUCCAGGGCCCUAAAGGGAUCGCUUUUGAUAGUCAUGGCAAUAUUGUAGUGGCAGACUGUUAUAACCACAGGGUGCAAGUCUUUGAUCGGAAUGGCAACUUUCUUAGUAUGUUUGGUGAACAAGGAAGUCGUGAGAAUCAGCUUGAAUCCCCUCAAGGUUUAUCAGUAAACGGCAACGGUGAUAUUAUUGUUGCUGAUAAAGGUAACAAAUUAAUCAAGAUAUUCUCUUCUAGCGGGAAGUAUUCACGUAAAUUUGGUGGAGCAGGUUCUUUGGUCUCUCCCAUUCACUGUAUUCAACACGGUCAAUAUUUUAUAGUCUCAGAUCGUGGUAAUCAUUCGAUUAAAAUGUUUAAUCUGGAGGGAAACUUUAUUUCUAAAUUUGGAAAACGGGGAAUCAAGGAUGGAGAAUUCAACGAGCCGCGUUACUUGUCAGUUAACAAAGAAGGAUUGCUUAUGGUCUGUGAUGAAAAUAAUCAUAGGGUUCAGGUACUUGAUCUGAGUGGAAAGUGUGUUACAAACUUUGGAAGUGAAGGUAGCGGGAGAGGAGAGUUUAAGUGGCCAGUGUCUACAGCAACUCUUAGUGAUGGAAGGAUAGUUGUGUGUGAUAAGGAUAACCGAAUCCAGGUUUUUGACCAGUUAUAA